AUGGCGGACACUUUGCAGCUCCCGGCAUCGCUCAUGGAUUACACAGAAGACGACGUUGCGGUAUUUCUGGCAUCGCUGGGCCUCGACCAGUACGACGAGCAGAUCCGCAAGCACGGCAUCUCGGGCGAUGUCCUCCAGGCGCUCGAUUCAGAGUCGCUGAAAGAGAUUGGAAUCAACUCUGUGGGUCAGCGACUGGCUAUACUCAAGGCGGUCUAUGCGCUCAAGAUUCGGGAUGGGAUUCCAAUCGAGCCAGACCACUAUGUCCCGCCGUCGGAAUCCGAGGACCCAGCAGCUAACCUGACCAUCGGCCAACUGUACAUGCACCUUCAGCAGCUAGAGAACCGGAUCAUUGUCCUCGAAGAAGAAAACAUCCGUCUGCAGGAAACCGUUCAGAUGUGCGUCGAGGACUUGACCGCAAACACGGUCAGAAACGGCGUCAAGACAGACGCCCCGCAAAAGACUCUCAAAAAGCAACCAUCUCUCAAAUGGGCCCCCUACAAGGAGAGCCGUUCGCCGACAAAGGCAGAGCACGAGUCUCCGACGAGCUCGCCGCACGCGCCAGAACAUUCUAUUCCGCCCCAGAAACACAGUCAUUCUCCCGAGAAGCCAAUCGUCCGCAAAGAUACACCGCCGAUAUCUGCUACGCCGUCGAUACCGAUCUCCAAUUCAUCACUAUCUCCCGCUCCACAACGAGGUGGUGCAUCCAACUCGCGUCCCAUCACAGACGCGAGCGAUAUUCGCAGCUUCAAAGUCAGUCUCGAGGACCCAGCGUGGAAAGUGCUCCCAGCCGCGCUCAAAAAGUACAAGAUCAACAACGAAGACUGGCAAAACUUUGCCAUGUUCAUCUGCUACGGUAAUACCGAACGUUGUCUCAGCUACGAUGAAAAGCCCUUGCUUCUCUUCCAGAAGCUAAAGGAAGCCAAGAAGAAUCCAGUAUUCAUGCUCAAACACAUACGUGACAUUCGCUCGCCUAUCGCAGUCGCACAACAGAAACAAGCAGCGAGACGAGACAAGGAGCGGCAAGCGCAGAUGAACGCUGGUGGUGUGGCGUCGGCACUUGGCAGGACAUCAGCAGGAGCAGCUGCUCGAGGUGGCAAUACGUUGACGGUCGACGGCAGAACUCCUCCACUGGCCACGGCCAAUUUGACCAAUUCACCAUGGCCAGACGUCAUGUCGCCAAUCAAUCCGGAUCAUGGCGUCUCACACCAUUCUCAUAGUCCGCAGACUGAAAACUCGCAUGGUCCAUCCCAACCUCUCGCGACAAAAUCCUACGCCAUUGCCAUCUAUCCCUACACUGCCGAGCAAGACGACGAAUUCGAUGUGUCAAUCAACGACACAUUUAUCAUCAUCUCGCAGGCCAAAGGCUGGUGGGUUGUGCAAAAGGAUCCGUCUGGGAAUGGGUCGGGCAACGGAGAUGGUCGCUCAGGGUGGGUGCCCGCGGGGUGUUUGCUUGAGACGAAUCUCCCAGUGGCCGUAGCGAUACAAGAGGCACGAGCAAACGAUCCAUACUCGCGGUCCCUCGAUCCAGACCGCGCGCCGAUCAUGCCGAGCAGCAUUGUCAGCACUAGCUAUCCGGGUAUAGCGCUGACGGACUAUCGCAAAAAGGGAGAAGAGGAGCUCGAGCUCGUCAAAGACGAUGCGCUUCGAGUGUUCAAGCGCUAUAAUCAUUGGUCAUACGCUGUCAAGGAACAUACUGGUGACAGGGGCUGGGUUCCAUCAUGGUUCAUUGGCAAGAUUGGUUCGAGCAACUCGGGAGUACCGCCGACGCCCGCACCACACGCGACAAGUAUGAAUACAUCGAGUACGCUAAACGAUUCCGAACUACGAUAUGCACUCGAUGGGCCUGCGGCUAGCCCCGUCUCCCCUGGGUUUUCGGCGCAGCAACAGAGUAGCCAACGGGGGAUGAUAUGA